UCUGAGUCUGCGCUCAAUUUCAACGUUAGCACUGUUUUGAAGUUAUAAGGGAUGUAUCUGAAUGUAUUUGACCAAUUAAAAGUCAAUCUGUCAACAAGCGUCCGCCCUCGCGGUGACAUUUUCGACUGUCGAAGUGAGUCCUCCUGACCGCACAUCCUAUCUUUGACUGCCUCCGCCACAAGGUGGAACGCACAGUCUGCGGCUAGUCAAAACUUUUGUUUGUCUCACUUAGCUGUGUAUGGUGGGUAACUUCGUAAAGGGCCGAAACAAGUACUCGCAGGUCUUCAGUGGAAGUUCUGGGCCGCUGGGCUUUUGCAGUCAUGACCUCUAGCAAAAACAAGAACCAGACCUCUCUGGCGCUCCAUAAAGUCAUCAUGGUGGGCAGCGGCGGUGUGGGCAAGUCCGCCCUCACGCUGCAGUUCAUGUAUGACGAGUUUGUGGAAGAUUACGAGCCCACCAAGGCAGACAGCUACAGGAAGAAGGUGGUCCUGGAUGGCGAGGAUGUUCAGAUUGACAUCCUGGACACGGCGGGGCAGGAGGACUACGCCGCUAUCAGAGACAACUACUUCCGCAGCGGCGAGGGCUUCCUGCUGGUCUUCUCCAUCACGGAACACGAGUCAUUUGCUGCAACGUCAGAGUUUAGGGAGCAGAUUUUGCGCGUGAAGGAAGAAGAUGCCAUUCCCAUGUUGCUGGUCGGUAACAAGUCGGACUUGGAAGACAGGAGGAAGGUUUCUGUGGAGGAGGCGGCAGGGAAAGUGAGUGAGUGGGGUGUUCAGUACGUGGAGACUUCAGCCAAGACCAGAGCCAACGUAGAUAAGGUCUUCUUCGACCUGAUGCGUGAGGUUCGCAAGAAGAAAAUGUCUGAGAGCAAAGACAAAAACGGGCCAAGUGGGAAAAAGAAGAAAAAGCGCUGCUGCAUACUUUAACCUGGGAAUAUGCUGAGAACACACCUGACAAUCACCUUGCUGCCACAUCAUUUGGACUUCCUGUGGUUUUUUUUAACUCCUCUUCAAUCACUUUCACACGCUGCUCUCAGCCACUCGACAGUUGUAUUAGUUAGAUAGUCUUAUCUCCCAUCCAGCAGCUGGAGUCACAUGACAUGUCUACUCACUCCUGUCACCUACCUUUGUUCAUCACAAUCUUUACCACUUUCAUCUUCAUUUGAGAAGUGUGCCCACUACAGACAUUACAACAUGUAAUAAUAAUAAAACAUCACUUGUGUUUUGCUACCAUUGA